AACAACAACAAAGCAGAAAACUGCACAAAAAACCUCGUGCGAGUACGAAAAAUGAUUUUGAAAGAUCUGUUAAAGCAACCGCCCGCUUCAAUUCUAAUUCAAGAUUCAUACUCUGUUAAAGGAAGGCCGCUGUUCCUCAGUUUGAUCCACAACUAUUCGGAAAAUGGGUAUACUAUUCGUUACUUCAAAUAUGAUUCGCCAUUAUCCUCAGAGAAGAGCGAAAUGGAACAGUUCAAAUUUCCCUGGCAGACUCGCAUCUUGAAUAAAAACCAAGAUAAUUCAAUUGAAAGUUGUUGGAGUUCAGAUUUAGCAGAUAUUGGUGAACGUCUUGUGGUUGCAAUAGAUUCAUUAUCCCCUGUCCUUAUGAACUGGACAGUUGGGGAACUUGCAUCAGGCUUAAGGAAUUUGCAAAAAACAACGGCGGUAGCUGUGGUUGCACUCAUCCAUGGAGACGUCCAUGAUAAAGAGACUCUUCAUGCCCUAAACUACAUUUUCCAUUGUCACCUAACUGUUCGGAAAGCACAGGGCCGUGACGUUUGUAGUGGCGUGUUGAGGAAAGGUAGCGGAAAGCUGGUCGACAGUGAAGAAUAUUACAGCAUCUCAGACCAAUGGGAGAUAAAAGAUGUUGAAGAGGUUACCGAAUCUUCAGCGAAUAUGGUAGUACACUCUUUGCCGAAAAAUGCAGUACCAAAAUCAACUUUCAAGCUAGAUUUGAAUGCAAAAGAAGAAGAAGCCAGAAGUCAAGUUGUUUUACCAUACAUCAGGAAACAGGCAAGUUCUGCAACAAGUGAAACUUCGAAAGGCCAAAUCAUUUACGAAGCCGAAGCACCUGAUUGGGAUGAUGAAGACCCUGACGAUGAUUUGGAAAUCUGAGUAAGGUUAAACAACUAUAAAUUAAAACAAAACAGGUUCACUUGAAUUAAACCAGUGUAAUUACAUA